CCCAGCCGGGGGCCAAUGGCCCUGCUGCCCCCGCCGCUGCGGGGCGCCAAGCCCAAGCACAGCUCCCCCCCGCACUACUACGAGGGCUUCCUGGAGAAGAAGGGGCCCCAGGACAAGGGAUAUAAGAAAUACUGGACAGGCCUGCGGGGGCUCACGCUGUUUUUCUACCAUGCCAGCCGAGACGUGCAGUACGUGGAGAAGAUCGACCUGGACACCUUCGUGUCCCUGACUGACGGCUACCUCCAGAGCGGCCCCAGGGCCAGCGAUGAUGGGGUGGGGCUCAGCCUGAAGCUGAGGGGGCAGGAAGUGAAGUUAAAGGCUGAGAGCCUGGAAGCUCGGGAGAUGUGGAAGGGUUUCAUCCUCACCGUGGUGGAGAUGAAAGUCCCCUCCAACCUGACGUUGCUGCCCGGCCACAUCUACAUGAUGUCCGAAGCCCUGUCUAAAGAGCAGGAGCGACGGGCCGAGCUGAGCCAGCGCAGCACUGUGAGGUCCCGCGACUACGAGUCAGUGGAGGAGCAGAUGCCGGACUGCUAUUUCAAGGUCUCCAGGACAGAGGCCCAGGUGCUGCUGGAGAGGAACCCGGACUGCGGUAACAUGCUGCUGCGCCCGGGGGGCGACGGGAAGAGCGUCUCGGUGACCACGCGUCAGAUGCUGAACGGCACCCCGCUUGUGAAGCACUACAGAGUGAGCCGCGUGGGACAGCAAUACGUCAUCGACGUUGAGCAGCCGCACCACUGCUCCUCGCUAUCCGAGGUGGUUCAGUACUUCGUCUCCAACACCAAGAAGACCCUGGUGCCCUUCAGCCUGGACGAGGACUACUCGGAGAAGUUAGAGUUUGUGGAGACCGAUAAGGAGAAUGGCGAGAGCGUCUGGAAAGCAUCCCUGCCCCCCUGCCCAAAGCCCUCCAGAGUGGAUGCAAUGAUUCCGCCCAGCUUCGGAAACAGUGCCCUGGUGAAGCCCCCUGCCCCUACCCCUGUGUUUGAGAUGAGGAAGGAGGAUGAAGAACAAGCCUACAUGAAUGACGAAGAUGUGGCAGCCAUAACGGGAACAAAGGCAAAGUCAGCCAGCUCCCCAGCGGGCGCCGUGAAGGUGAUAUGGGGAGGGGGCGGCCAGACCAAGGUGCUGCCUAUACCAACCGGCAAGCCAGCCACUAAAGGCCAGUUAACCAGGAGCCCCAACAGCCCCAGCAGCACCCUCAACCUACGGAAACAUGGUAUCAGCUCUUCCCGCCAGGCCACCUCAUGGGUUGGAGACUUCUCCCCAGACAUCUCAGAGGAGCUGGCGCAGAAGCUACAGAAGCGAAGAGCCAACCUUGAGAACUGAGCCGAUGGCCUGGCAGGCGAGGAGGCGUCUGCUGGGGACACAGGGUUCCAAUCCUCUCGGGGAGCAAAACCUUGGCCCCCAACCUCUCCUGGCUCUUGUGCAGCGUUGAUCACGUACCCAGGGCUUCUCUGGCCCUUUCCCAGCACCAUGAAACACAGGUUUAUAGGGCUCGCAGCACCCUCUGCCCAACUGCAGCCGCCCUGAGAUAGCCUUAGCUCUGGGUCCUUCACAGUGAUUUUUCUAGGGGCAAGGCUGCCACCUCGCAUGGGCCCUGGCUGUCCCCCUUCCAUGGCUCAAAGUGGCUGCCCCUUAGCCUGGUAGGGUGUGCUCUGUGGGUGCCACAUGCCUGGACAAGCGGCAAGGGCCAAAGGGAGGGAAAGAUGCCCCAUGGGCGCCCUCGCCACCACAGAGGAAGCUAAUCCAGACCCCGGCAGGCUGCGACUGGCCCUGCCGCAGAGCAAGGGGGUCUCUGCAGGUAACGCCCGAGCACCUUUAAUAGCCAUGUGAUUCCCGCAGUCCCAGGAGGGCUGUGGGCAAGGGGCUAAUCCCACCCCCAGAUCAAGGAGGAAGUGUCAGGGGCUGGGUGCUGCGCUCAGCCUCAUUUGCCUAGGCCGGGCCCUUUGGAUGCUGCGGCUCAGGGUUAAAAGACUUGGGCGGCGGGGGAGACGGGCGACGCCUUCCUAUGCCCAGUUUGUUUAGGGGUGUUUCACAGUGCGGUAAACCAAAAGCAGAGCUGGGAGGCAGGAGUGGCACACCUGUGGCUGGCAUGCCGGGGGCCCUGGAAGCUAGAUUUAUGGGGCAGUGGCUGGCGGGAGGUGAUGGGGUCUGGGAGGGUCCCUUUUCCAAGCUGAAAUGUCCGUCACUUCAACCUCUCUUCCCAUGGAAGCUGUUCCAGCCCCCUAAUCAUUUUUGUUGCCCUUCUCUGUAUCUUUUCCAAUUCCAAUAUCUCUUUUUUUUUUGAAAUGGGGCAACCAGAACUGCAGGCAGCAUUCAAGGUGUGUCUGUAUCAUGGAUUUAUAGGGUGGCAUUGUGAUAUUUUGUCUUAUCCCUUUCCUAAUGGUUCCUAAUACUGUUUAGCGUUUUUGACUGCUGCUGCACAUUGAACAGGUGUUUUCAGGCAAUGAUCCACACUGGCUCCAAGAUCUUUCUUGGGUGGUAACAGCUAAUUUAGAUCCUUAAUUUUCCUAAUUCCCUUUGUGCGGAAAAGAUCCUUCAUUCCUCUCAGGGUGAAUCAGUGUUUUUCCAAAUGGCAAAUUCCCUUUAAAGCCUCAGCUGUGAAUCAUUCCCUCUCCUAGGCCAGGGCCCAACCCAGAACCCCCCUGCAAUUCUCUGAUCUGUGCAGGCUGCCUCCCUUCCCUUCCUGCUAACCCCUGCAAGCAGGGGGCCAGAGCGACUGGCCUGGCCUGUGCACUGGACUUUUCCAAGCAGUGACCUGGGCAGCUUGUCUUUGGCACGUGCCAUGGUGCGCAAUGAUGCUGGACCUGGUGAUGCAAGGCCCGUCCCUCUCCAUCCUGUAUGUUGCACUUGGUAGUGCCUUGAAAGCGGCGGUGCCGUGCCGCUGUAUGCCAGCUGAGGACGGGCUCAUUGGCUGGAUGGGGGCCUGUGCUUUUGAAAAGAUUUGUACAGUGAUUGUUACCUACUUUGCAUACAUUGCUAA